UCCUGCUCUCUCCACAAACUCAGGCUCGUGUUAUUGACACACAUAUCCAGGGGUGGGCAGAGAUGAAGCAGUACACAUGGUCCACUUUGUGUCUGUUAGUCAUUUUGUUUCACACCUAUUCAUCUCUGGCUAAGAGAGGAGGCGGCGGCUUUGGAAAAGGCUUCAGCGCAAAGAAGUUCCCAGCAUGGAGACGCGGCUUUGGCCGCUCCAACACAAACACAGGUCAGAAGAAUGUCCAUGGCUCUUCCUCUAAGGGUGGUCACCAUAAACAGCAUGGGCAAAGCCAUUAUGGGACCAGAUCUGGGUAUCCCCGGCAGGCGUGGGGCUACCACCACCAGUAUCCUGUGCAGGGUAACCCUAAUGGGAGAACCUAUGGAGGUUACGGGGGUCAUGGCGGUUAUCCAGGUGGAUACAUCAACCAAAACCCCAACAACAGGAUCCUCAGCCCUCACUAUGGAGGCAGCUUUGGUUAUGGAGGCUACGGUGUUGGUGGUGGGUCACCCUUCUCCCACUCUGUUCAGUCUAUGGGAAUGUACCCACAAGACAGAUCCAGAGGGUUUGGCCACAGUGCAGUUGUGGCAGCAGCAGGGGGCGCUUUUGCAGGAAUGGCUCUAGGCUACGGGUUAGGAAGGUUCCCACGCCCUCACUUUCACUUCCACAGCCCAGAAGAGGAGUACUACUACAAUCACUAUAUGUACAGGCGGUACGGCAUCAGGUCGACUGAUGACAACGACUACGGCAGGGACUACAAGUAUGGUCGGCCCACUGAGACCUACGACAACUUCAUGGACUCGUGCAUGAAGAAAACAGAUCUUCUACCUGCGGAGAAUCCUAGGACAGACACAGGCAACGAAGAGGCGGCAGAAAACACGACCCGCAUGACCAAGCCUGAACCUAAUCCUGCGUCCGAGGCUGUCGGCGAUGAUCAGGGCGAUGGUGACACAGUCAGCAUCGUGGAGAUCGGCUAUCCUGCUCUGAUCGACCAGAUAAAGGCCAGGAAAUGUUUGGAACUCUACAUGGCUUACUCUGAGAAGUAUCUGCAGAGACAUGCAGCAGGAGGGCAGGGACUAGAGGUGGGCUGGAGAGGGCUUUUAGCAGUGGUCGGUGGUGUAGUGGUGAUGUUGGUAAACAGCAACGUCCUGCUACAAUAAGGCCUUCCAGGGCAGGAAAACUGGUGGAUAAUAAUUGCGGUAAUUGUUGUUUAAUUGCAUUUUGUAAAUGUCUGAAGGAAGGAACUCAAACAGCAUUUGUAUGUGAGGUCAUCUGGGUUGAUAAACCAAUAUGGAGUCCAUGUAGAUGACGUGGAGAGAGUUCUCCCUGUCUACAUGUAUGACAGAGAUGUUGUUAACUGUGAUCUGAUUUAUUAACUGUGGUGAUGACUGUGGUACAUUUAUAUUUGUGUGUAUUUUAAUAAAUCUCUAACAAUACAAAAAAGUCUGGGAUGUCAUAGUCUCUGC